GCAAAGUAAUGUUUUCCUUGCAUCUUGGCUAACCCAUCUGCACAGAAAAAACUGCGAGAACUUGUUGUCUUCGUGCUGUCGACUAAGCAUUGGCCAUCAACUUGAUCCUCUUCGUGCCGUCGAACCCAUCUGAGCAUUGGCCAUCGACUGAGAAGAAACUGCACCAAGUAGCAUGUUUCUGGGAAAAGAAGAGAGAAGAUAAAAUAUAAAACAAGAAAGGUACAUCGCCCAAAAAAUAAAAAAGUGCAUCAGCCACUUCUGCCGAGAGCUCCAGGCACGACACACAGGGUUUCCACUUUCUUCUUCUCCGUUCGAUCAGCAAAAGCGAUCCAUCCCCCCGAAAGCUCAGCCUUCGCUACACCUCCCUCUCCGAAAUCCCCAUAUCCAUAGGUAAUACGAAACCCCACCAGGCUAUGGUCCCAACUAUCUCUCAUUUCUCUCAACCUUUAUUUAUUUAAUUCAUUUUAUACUUGUCCAUUCCCUUUCAUGAUUCAAUUCAAUCUAUCUACGAACCGAAAAGAUCUGAAACCCAGUCAAUUAGUUCGUAUUUUACCCCUCUGCAUGGCCCCUUUCAUUGAGGUUAUAUUUGCCAAUCCUUGACAAGGAGAUACGUGGACAAUACGUUGAUCAAAAGGAACCAUUAAAGAUCCCGGGUUGCAUGUCAAUUCAACCCGAAGAUGCCGGUUCCCCAAUGUUGGACCGAACAAAGCAUGAAUAUCAUGUUUUCCUACAACGUGGGUCAGAGAUGCGUAUGAGUGAUGGGAUUUUGCUCAACACUUGGGAAGAUCUAGAUUCCAUGACGCUUAAGGCCUUGAGAGAGGAUGAAAGCUUCGGAUCGGUACCAAUAUAUGCGGUUGGACCCUUUGUUAGGCCGGUUGAACCUUCGGCUUCAAGGAGCAACUUGUUGGAUUGGCUAGAUGAGCAACCAUCGGAGUCAGUAAUUUAUAUUUCAUUUGGGAGUGUUGGAUUUCUUUCAGCCCAGCAAAUCACUGAGCUAGCUUUUGGGUUGGAGUUGAGCCAGCAAAGAUUUAUUUGGGUGCUGCGUCCACCGUCCAAAAAGAAGAAUAUGCCCGUAAAGAGGCAUGUGCUUGGGGACAAAGGCAAUGAUGCCCUAGAUUACCUGCCCGAUGGGUUCUUGACACGAACCCAGGGUUUGGGAUUGGUGGUCACACAAUGGGCACCACAAGUGGACAUCUUGAGCCAUCCGUCAACGGGAGGGUUCUUAUCUCACUGUGGCUGGAAUUCAACACUAGAGAGUAUACUAAAUGGUGUGCCAUUGUUGGCGUGGCCUCUCUAUGCAGAGCAAAGCAUGAAUGCUAUACUGCUAUCUGAGAAAUUAGGAGUGGCAGUUAGCCCCAAAGUUGCACCGACUAGAGGAGUGGUCGGAAGGGAGGAGAUUGAGAUGUUGGUGAGAAAAGUCAUGGGGGACCAAGAAGAAGGGAAGGCUUUGAGAGCUAGAGUGAUGGAACUCAAAGUUAGUGGAGAAAAGGCUUUGAUUGAGGGUGGUUCUUCAUUCAAUGCCAUGUCACAAUUUGCAAAGCAAUGUGAGAUAAAGUUGCUUCGCAAUUAAUCCUGGAAAAUCGAAGGCACCCUAAUAAAUAAAGGAGCUACUAGUCUCUCGUAUAAGCUACUAGUCUCUGUUUUUUUUCUUCCAAAAACAAAUAUGUGAGAUGGGACCUAAGCUAGAGUGAUAUCUUUCUGUUC